AUGUUCCUGAGCGAAGCUGAUUUAUACCGUAUAAGCUACAGUGAACGUGUUGAGACCAUUAUUCGUCAAGCAUCGAAAGACGACAUAAUAGAUUGUAUUAAGCAAUGGUACCAACAAGAAGAACUACGCCCGACCACGCAAAACUGGGAUGCCAAUGGUUUCCUAGGGAAUCAAAGCAAACAGAGGAUCACUGAGCGAUUAUGGGUUGACUGGCCUGAAGGUCUUACUGCAUAUCAACUUGCUCACAUUGACCUUAAAAGCGCGUUAUCCAAGCGAGCAUCCACAGUAUCCUGGAGACUGAUUGAGUUAAAGGAUGAUUCGGAUAAUCCUGGACGACUCUUGAAGACCCUUGAUGCAAAAACAGCCAGAAACCGAAUCCAAGAAGCACUUUCUGAGUAUUUCAAAGCUCAUGUGAUGACCAUGCCUGAUCCAAAGGAACCUGCAGAUUGGAUAAGGAUUAUGUUAUUUGAGAAUCGCCAUGAUAGACAAUACCCCAUGCCAAAAAUGACCGCUUAUUAUCUACGAUUUCCUGAUACACCAUAUCUUGCCGUACGUGGUGCCUUGAACAAGACGGUGGCUCUAUUCAUUGAGGAAGCUCUUUUGAAAACAUUCCAAGCCAAGUCGCUAAAGUUUCACAACAUAUCGAGCAAAAGUAUACACCAUCUCUCUGAAUUGCUACACAACAAAGAAUCACUGGGAGCAUUCAGUCGGUUUCGUCUUGAUCAGGUCGAUUCCAACCCACUUGAUUAUUCACAUAAGACUUUGAAACGCCCGCAACGAGAAGAAUAUGUGAAAUCACGCGAGCAAAAGAGGCGUAUUAUACCAAUCAACAGACAGCUUAUCGAAAGUCGGGAGGAUGAUGCAAGCGAUACCUUCGGUCCUCAGGUAGUUGAAGGGAUACGCAGAUUGGAUAUUCAUUUGAAAAAGCCUCCCAUGUUCACCGUACCAGAGGACGCCGCUGACAAAUCCGAGAACGAGAAGAAUUUACGGGUAGACCUUUCUUUUUAUGGUACGAACGUCAUGGACGGCAUAAAACGAAUGUUGAUUCACGGUCUUAUUGAGCCACCGAUCCCAUAUUGGAUGAAACAAAUUGUAAGCCAAGGCAUCAAUGAAGUAUACGUAACCAAGGAUGAUGUUCUGCGAGAAGAUCCAUUUGAUGAUGAUGAGAUAGGAGAUGAAGAACCGUGA